AUACAUAAAUACAGCUUAAGCUCUGAGAUGGCAUGGAUUUUUCCAUGAACAAAACUUUCCCCUUCUCCUAAUUUAGAACUAUGGAUGUGGCAGGUUUCUGAUAUGAAGUCCUUUUCCACUGCAUAUUUUCCUAUAAAAACGAAGGCCAGGACUAGAAGCAGCACAGUAAUACUUUCUACGGCGCAAAAUGCAUUCGUAUAUCAUUGCAGCUGUAGCUUUCUUGAGCUACAUGUGUGGCGCUCCAACGAAUUCAGAAGCUUCGCCUUUGAAUAAAGCAAAGCCAGAGGAUUCAGAUUGUUCCGUAGAGACCUCUCCACCAGUCGACAGAAUCGACUGGAACAUUAUCUGGGCCGCUAACAUUGAGUUCCUGUCGAACGCGGAGAAACAUUUCGCCAACGAGUUUCGAGAGGAAAUGGACCGGCUACGCAACUCAUCAUCUGAUCACAAGGACUCAGAAAUGGACCCAGCGCAAGCGAACGCAAUACUUCAAAACGCGACUGCCUACGAGGAGAAUACAAAUUAUCCAUAA